AUGCUUUCUCUCACUGUUCCCGAAAGCUACGGCUAUGUCAUCGCCGUCUCCCUGGGCCUGAUCCCUGUCCUGGGCUUCGCCCACGGAGUUAUCGUGAGCGGUCUCCGCAAGGGAGCCAAUGUCCAUUAUCCUCAUUCCUAUGCGACCGUGGAGCAAUGCGAGGCCAAUCCGGCCGCCCACAAGUUCAACUGCGCGCAGCGCGCCCACGCCAACUUCCUCGAGAACUCCAGCCAGACUAUGCUCUUCACCCUGGUGGCGGGCCUGAAAUACCCCCAGCUUGCGACUUUGCUUGGUGCCCUGUGGGUUGCGUCGCGGACCGUGUACCUCUACGGAUAUGUGUACUCCACUCAGCCCCGUGGGAAGGGCCGUCUUUGGGGAGGCGCCUUCUGGUUCCUCCAGGGCGCCUUGUGGGGAUUGAGCGUGUUUGGGGUUGCGAAGGAACUGCUCUGAGUGAUUGGUCUCCCCUGAUGAAGUCCCAGACUACGGGAUGAUGGGGAUGUAUAUUGAGAUAGUUUGUAUCUCCUGUGUAUUUAUGAUGUAUAAAUUUGAACUGAGAUUGAGCGUUUCUUCCCGUUGAGAAAGGGCAUGCAUGGACUGUUAUCCUAUGGAUGCCUAAGGUCUCCAUUCCAUGCUGGAGCGAGCGGUGGCUGACCCCACAGUCGGGCCCGGAGCAACCCGUGGCCGAUGUGGCUGGAGCGUGUGGAGGGGCUCUUGGCGAUGAUUUUACCGUUGCAACAUUCGAA